AUGGAUAACUUGACCACACUGACUGUUUUAGAUGAACCAACCCAGCGGCCUGAUGCCAUAGUGUACCCCAGCUAUGCAUACCGUGUAGUGUACGCCACUCUCAUCUUUAUGAUAUCCGCAAUUGGUAUCGUAGGUAACACCUUCGUCAUCCUCGCUGUAAUCGUCUACAAGAAACUCCGCACUAAAACUAAUGUCUUUGUGGUCAACCUGAGCGGGGCUGACCUCUUUAACUGUUUGAAUCUACCGUGGAUGGGGUUCGCUAUUCUUAGCGAGGAUGGCUGGAAGCUACCCGAGUGGAUUUGUAGUGUAGCGGCGAUAGCUUUACUCGUGUCCAUCGGCUCCGGUUUGUAUAGUCUCGGUGGGAUUGCGCUGUGCCGUUGUGCAUUGGUGACAAUGAACCCUACAGAAUAUCAGACUUUCCUGACACGAAGGAGACUAGGCUUCCUCGUGGCUAUCGUAUGGGCCGUACCGAUUAGUCUCACUCUCCUGCCGUUGACAAUCGAUUUGACAUUCAUGGGAUUCAAUGAUAAAUAUGACAUGUGUAUUUGGAGUACUUCGCAUUGGUUCUCAAUGACUUUUAAUGUCAUUGUGUCGAUCUGUUGCUUUCCGUUGCCGCUGUCCGUCAUCGUGGUAUCGUACGCCAAGAUAUGGCGUCAUGUUCGCCAGCACGCUCGCCGUAUGGCCCGGGUGUCGGCACCAACUGUGUCGAGAAUCGUAGAAGGGAAUGGAGCGCGUAAAACCGCCGUCAAUCGACGUCAAAUGGCCGUCACCAUCAACAUGCUCAUCGUUAUCUGUAUCUUCUUGUUCUGCAUCACACCGUACAGUAUGUUGACGGUCUUACCCGGUGGUGAGGCGAUUGUGCCGGCGUUUGGUGUGGUCCUUCUCAGCAACAGCUGUAUUAACCCACUCAUUUACGGCAUACGGCAUCCGGACUUUAAGCUGGCGUUCAAGAAAAUUCUGAGAUGUAAAACUCAAGAAUUGGGUUCUGAGCGGAGUAGAGGACGUUAACUUAGAAUCUUUGGUCAAAGCGAACAAUCCUCUAUCCUUAAUCCUUCGAGCAUCCUCCCGAAGACGAGCAGAGUGCUGUCCGAAACGUCGAGACCAAAACCGGCUCUUCUCGGAGCACUCCUCCCAAAAGAGACUAUUACACAUGGUUGUUCCCGCAAAUUUACCAUUUCAAGCUGCUUCUUACUUUCAAUACAAAGCUUCAAACACCACUUAAACCCCAAGUCGAUAAUACCGGUAAAAAGUAUUGACAUUUUUUAAACCGGGGUGAAAGAAACACAUAGGAAAAUUUUAACAAGUGUUUCGGAGCUUCAAACUGUUUGCAAUGUGGUAUCAUCAAUUACAUUUUUUUCGUAAUGUUCAAGUUGCCACUGACCUGUGCCAAAUUUCAAAGGGCUAGCUGCAAAGUAGCUAAGCGCUUAUGUCUACCCUAAUGAUUACCAGUCGCAAUACCGAGUCACGUGUACAAAUUAUGACUUGUUUCCUGCUUCAUUUUGCUUUUAGCAGAAAAAUGUAAAGCAUUUUUUCCUUAAAAGCACGAAGCAGUUUUCUUAAGCAGCUCUAUGAUGAUGGGCCCAAGCCUCUUUCUAUACUUGUGCAGUGGCUGUCGUAUAAUAUAUAAAUAACAAGACAUCCAUUUUCGAUAGGUUAAAUCGUUUUAUAUUCCAAAUGCAUAAUAAUAGAGCACAGCUGGAUCACUUGCGAUGAUUUCAAUCCACCUUGACUCCUUGCCUUGAUUGAAAAUGUCUAAAUGGAGAUCAUUAUUGAGUUAUCCUAAUGACCCACAAUUUGCUGUUAUAUUCAGUAUACCGGGAACUAAUUCUGCUUCUAGCUACCUCGUAUCGAUGUGUUCAUGGGGCAAUCAUACAACAAUUACAGGCUUGAAUUUACAUGGGAGGACACGGGGGCAUCUAUUGCCCGGGGCUCAA